CGGGAAGUCAGGUCAUCUUCCUUGUGGCUGUUUUUAUGGAGACUGGUCUUUGGUCUCUACCAACCAUAAAACACACUCUCCGCUAGUCUUCCCCUCUUUUAAUAAAUCUAUCUAUAAAAAAAUCCCCUCCUUUCUCUCUCUCUCUCUAAAAUCUAACUAUAAACCCUUAUUAAAAACGAAGACCGACUGCCACCCACUCUGCUAACAAAAGAAACCAAAGAGGGAAAAAUAAAAAAAAAAGAGGAAAAAAGGAAAAGGAAAUGAUGAAGAAAGGAAAGGGAAUUUUAAGCCCUAAUUUGAAGCUUUCUCUUCCUUCUCCUGCGGAGAUCUCCUUCGCCAAAUUUCUAACCGAAAGCGGUACAUUCAAAGACGGCGAUCUCCUCGUCAACAAGGACGGAGUUCGGAUUGUCUCUCAAUCCGAACCCGAAGCUCCUCCGCCUAUAAAGCCAUCAGAAACUGACACGGACAAUCAGUUGAAUUUAGAAGAUAUUGAUGCGAUUAAAGUUAUCGGCAAGGGUAAUGGUGGAAUUGUGCAAUUGGUCCAACACAAAUGGACUGGCCAGUUUUUUGCAUUAAAGAUUAUUCAAAUGAAUAUUGAGGAGUCAGCUCGCAAGCAGAUUGCAAAGGAAUUGAAAAUAAAUCAAUCCUCUCAGUGUCCGUAUGUUGUUGUUUGUUAUCAGUCUUUCUAUACGAAUGGUGCCAUUUCAAUCAUCUUGGAGUAUAUGGAUGGUGGAUCCCUAGCAGAUUUUCUGAAAAAGGUUAAAUCCAUUCCCGAACCCUAUCUUGCUGCAAUAUGUAAGCAGGUGCUCAAGGGUUUGAUGUAUCUUCAUCAUGAAAAACACAUUAUCCACCGAGACUUAAAGCCUUCUAACUUGUUAAUAAAUCAUAGAGGAGAAGUCAAGAUCACUGACUUUGGUGUGAGUGCAAUAAUGACAAGCACCUCAGGACUAGCAAACACUUUUGUUGGCACAUACAACUAUAUGUCUCCAGAGAGAAUUAUUGGAGGCAAUUAUGGCAAUAAAAGUGAUAUUUGGAGCUUGGGGCUAGUGUUGCUUGAGUGUGCAACUGGUAAAUUCCCAUAUACCCCACCAGAGCAGGCAGAAGGAUGGACUAACUUUUAUGAGCUUAUGGAACAAAUCGUUGAACAACCACCACCUUGUGCACCUUCCGAGCAAUUUUCUCCUGAGUUUUGCUCAUUUAUUUCUGCAUGUGUGAAGAAGGACCCAAAAGAAAGAAAGUCAGCACAUGAACUGCUGGCACAGCCUUUCUUGAACAUGUAUGAUGACUUGGAUGUGGACCUCACAUCUUACUUCAACAAUGCAGGAUCACCACUUGCAACACUUUAGAACUUACCUGAGCUCAGACUGAACAAAUAGCCUGUCAGACUCAAAAAGAAUGUCAACAGAACCAAAAGUUGUAAAAGCCUGGAAGAUUGUAGUUGUCGUUGUGACUAAAUGCAGGACUUAUUUGAGCAGCUGUUAUCAUGACGAGACCCAAAGUUAAGCAUCAAAGAUUAUUUUCUUGCCAGAGGACUCGGAGUGGGAGGUACAGCUUGUUGCUGUGUAUUAAUUUUUCAUAAUUGAAAGGUAAUGUUGUCGUAUAUCAAGAACAAUUUUAUAAACUUCCUGAAAUAGGAAAUGUACCGAAUUAGAUAAUGGAAAGUGCCAGUUUUUACUUGCCUAUUUGAGUUCCGGGUGUAAUAGUUGUGUU